AUGAGGCUGGCAAGGAUCGUUUUCUCUCCGACCCACGCCUCGGUACGCUCGACAGACUUAUCAGACCUGCGAUGCGGUCGCAUCCAACCCAACAUCCGUCGUGAGGGUCUCGAGCUCUUCACUCAGUGGAAGAAGGGCCAGGGCGAAGACAAAGACGGCAAGGAGAACGCGACUGCCCAGGCCGAGAAGCGACCUUUGCCGGCUUCAGACGCUCACACCAUUCUCAAGAAGAUGUCGAGCGAAGAUAUAGCCACUCUCGGUCUCUCGGAAGACAACGCUCGUCCCGAUUGGAUGGUCCUGACCGUCCUGCCCGUCCCACCUCCCCCUGUCCGUCCUUCUGUCCAAGAUGGAGGAGAGGACGACUUGAUGUACAAGCUCGCCGACGUCAUUCGUGCGAACGCCACGCUCAAGAAGAUGGAACAAGAAGGCACGCCGGCGCACAUCUUGGCUGACUUCGACCAGCUGCUUCAAUUCCAAUGCGCCACCUUCAUGGACAACGACAUUGCAGGGCAGCCGCAAGCCAUGCAGUCGAGUGGAAGGCCAAACAAGUCGAUCCACGUGCGUUUGAAGGGCAAGGAAGGCCGUCUGGGUGGAAAUAUGAUGGGCAAGCGUGUCAACUUCUCGGCGCGAACCGUCAUCACGGGAGACCCGCCUCUCGAGCUCGAUGAGGUCGGUGUGCCCAAGUCGAUCGCGCGUAACCUCACCUAUCCCGAGCGAGUCACCCCUUACAACAGGGCAUGGCUCUUUGUUAGGACCUCCACGCGCCCGCCAGAUCCCGACGACCGAUCUGGUUGA